CUAAUUCUGCCAAUCGAUGAAAUUGCCGUUGUAUUGCACGUGCGCUCGUUUUUUAAAGAAAUAAACAAUAUUGUUUAACUAAAUAUAAGCAAACAUGGCCGAGUUCAUAGCUGAGAUGCAGGAGCGCCUGCUGCCGGAAUACGAGCAGAUGAAGAACUACAACGUAUUCACGGCGGAACAGGUCAGGGAUAUCGUUAGCCGGCGGGAACGCCUAUUUCUGAAGAUCACUAAGAGUCACCUGAGCAUCAGUGACUAUCUGGAGUUCAUACUGUACGAGAAGGACAUGCACCAAACCAUCACCGAGAAGGAGAAGAAGAUGCAUGUGAAACUGACGGGCUUGAAGGCUUCGCUGGCCAUUCGCAUUAUGCGCCUGUAUCGCGAGGUCCUGGCGAAAUUCCCACAUGAUCGACGGCUGUGGAACAAUUGGAUCAAGUUCAGCAAAAAGGUUAAUCCAGUUGAGGUGGCGGGCAUAUACGAAAAGAUGCUGCUGUACCAUGGCGAUGCCCCGGACUUUUGGGUGGAUGCAGCAUGUUGGCUGUACGAAUACAAUCGCCUCAACUUCGAUCGAGUGAAGGAUAUACUGCUGCGUGGCUUGCAACGACAUCCCGAUUCCGAGACCCUCAACAAGUGCUUCUUCGACAUCAUGCUCAAAGAGGCCUCACUGGCCAGCAACGAACGCAAUCUGGCGGAGAACACACUGUCUGAGCAGGACAUUAAGCUGGAGCGCGUAGAGGCGGUUUACCGGAACAGUAUGACAAAUAUAACACACCUCGAUUACUUCGUGAAACUCCUGGAGAGCUGCGAGGAUCAUGCAGAACUGACGCACAAACUACAGCGAAUAAUAAUCAAUGACAUGCAGGAGAAGUUCCCCCGAGAGCCAGGUCUGUGGGAUUUCCUGGCCCAGCGUGAGCUGCGUGGUUAUCACCUGGGCGACUUGGCGGAGAACGAAGAGGAAACGGCGGCGGCAGAUGGUGAUGCUAAUGGUGAUGAUCAGCCGGCCAGCAAGAAAUCUCGACCUCAUAUAAAUGCCCGCUCCCUCAAAAGACGUAUACAGCUGUGUGUCACCGUGUACAAGUCGGCGGUGGAGGAGGUGCAAUCGAAGGAGAUGUGGAGCAGGUAUUUGGAUGCCAUGUUGGCACUUAAUAGUGAUACCAAAACAGAGCGGGCCCUCAAGCAACAGAGCCUGGCGGAUGCCCUCGAAGCGGGCCAUCACUCCAAAAUGAUGGGCGUUAAGCACUAUGCCGUGCUGCGAAAGAUGCUUGGCAGUGCGCCUGGCGGCAGGGAAACAGCGGUCACUAUACUCACAGAGGCAUUGAAACGCGAUGAGUCGUCAGUGGAAAUGCAUGAACUUCUACUGGCCACGCACAUUCAAAACGACAGUGAGCCACAGGUAUACGAGCUCUUCAAUAAGAUCCAAAAGAGUGUGCAAAGCGAAGUAGCUUUGCCGCUGUGGCGCAGCGUCAUCCUGUAUUAUCGGACACGUCAGGACGCACUGGGUGCCCAGCGGCUGGACGAGAUCUAUGCCCUUGCCUGCAAGUCACCGUACGUGGAAUUUGGGGAAAUGCGCUCCGAUUAUCUCAGCUACCUGUGGCAGGAGCGAUCCGUGGAGGCAGCACGCAAGGAAUACUCGAAGCUGGCCAUUCAGCCACCCAUGACUCUGGCCCUGCACCGCAAAAUGGUUCAGCUGGAGAGCAGUCUGGCCGUUCGUGAUCAGGCGAGCCUCAAGUGCUGGCGCAUGUGCUAUGAGUUUAUGGCUGCCUAUUUUGGCAAGACAGAGCCACGCGUUUGGGUCGAAUAUCUGGCCUUCGAGCGGGAUCACGGCGAGACUAAGAACAUUGCCCUGCUCACGCAACGAGCCCUGACCUCACUCCAGCCUCAGUAUGUUGCGGCCUUUGAGGCAGAGCGAGCUCUGGCGUAUGUGGGUGCCUCGAUAGCUGGCUCUUAGGGAGAACUCCCUAUUUCUUUAUUUUAUUUAGUAUCCUUUAGGUACCUCCUAAGCCCGCCUCCCUCCUGCCUAUGGUCUUGGGCGAGACUAGCAUAAGCAUGAUUUUUCUUUCUAUUUUUUUUAAUACUAGAACGUCUUUUGUAAAGAAAUUUCUUAGAAAAUAUAUAUGUUGUUAUGCAGAAUA